AUGCGGCAAUGUUUCUUCGAUGAGGGAAUGCUUAACGAGCACUAUGUCCAACUCGAAGAGUUGGAACUAGACAAUCCUCACUUUGCUGAAGAAGUGAUGAACAUGUUUUUCAGGGACUCCACUAAGCUGAUUGCUACACUGGAGCGUGCUCUCGUUGGUGCUGCCAAGGUGUGGUCUAAAGUCAAUACCCUGAGAGAAAUUCUGAAGACCGGCGACAUUGGAAGCUUUGGCGAUCAUUUUGCUCAACUCAAAACUGAGCAUGAGAGACUUCAAGUUCAUCUUGGAACUUACUUUCAGAUGCUCAGGCAAGUAGACUCUUGACACUCCUCAGCAAAGUAAGGACAAUGAUGCAGUGGCUGC